CGCAAUCACUCUCUCUCUCUCUCUCUCUCUCUCCAUCAUCAUUCAACAACCUCAUAUCAGAAUCCAAAGAACCCAAAAAAAGACAACAGUAAAAGAAAAACCCCAGAAUUAAUAUAAAACAUUCCCCUUUCUGCAAAAGGAAAGCUGGAUCAUCAGAAAAACAGAGCAAAUUAAAACAAACAUAAAUGAGACCGCCACCACCGCCAAGAAGAUCACUGGAGCUAUCAGCAGCAUCCCAAGUAGCUGAAUUUGGCUUCGUCCACCUCACUCCGUCGCUCUCCUCCCCUCCCCCCACCAGACAAACGACAUGCGUUUCGCACACCUGCCGCUGGUGGCCCUACUCUGGCUCCAAAGAGUUCGAGGCCAACGCCGCCAUGGUCAUAAUCAUCCUCCUCUCCGCCCUCAUUUGUGCUUUGGGCCUCAACGCCGCCAUCCGCUGCUUCCUCCGCGGCGGCGGGAGCGACGACGACAACAACAGCCCACGGGACAACGAUGAUAACAGUCAUCUUCCGCAGACCCAGCAAGAAUUGGUUCAAGCUCAGCAGAAGAGCAAUGUGGCGGGAGUUUCGUGCCUGGAGGGGGCGCCGGAAGUGUUCUACUCGGCGGCGAUGAAGGCGAGGCUGGCGGGGGCGGAGGCGGAGUGCGCCAUUUGUUUGUCGGAGUUUGUGGAGGGGGAAGGGAUCAGAGUGCUGGGGAGGUGCAAACAUGGCUUCCAUACUCACUGCAUACAGGAGUGGCUGUCUUCUCACUCCUCUUGUCCCACCUGCCGCAGCACGUGCCUUCCUCAAUCGCCGCCUCCAUCGCCACCACAACCCACCACGGACAAUAGUUCCCAGCAAAUUCCCGCGCAGGAAAGCGGUCCAUAGAGCUAGCCGCUGUACACAACAUCUGCUGAAUGCUGAUCCAUGCAAACAGAUAGGAAGUUCAGUGUGUGCCUGUAUAACUUAUGGGGGUGGAUUGAUAUAACGUUUCUCUUUCCAGCCGUUUCGAACUGCCAGCCAAUGUCUCUUUCUGCAAAAAGUACCAACGCACCGCGAACUUGCAACGUAGUUUCAUAACUGAAGCGUAGUGCUAGAAUCAAUCGUGCACGCUGCUCGGGUCAGUCAGUCACGAAGCACGUCCCUUUGGGUCAGUCAGUCACGAAGCACGCCCCUUUGUGCGCAACUGACCGUAACAUCCCACAGUGCUUAUAAGUUAUGUCGAAUUACUUUUUUUUGGGUGGUUGAAGAUAAGACCCAAUGCAUAGGU